AUCAAUUGGAACAGUAAGCACUGGUCUGAAAAACCAUUAAAUGAAAUGACUGACAGAGACUGGAGGAUCUUGAAAGAAGACUUUGAAAUUAACUCAAAGGGAAACAUUGUUGAAAAACCGUUGAGAUCAUGGAGUGAGAGCAAGAUUAAUACUGAAAUAUUAAAAAUUCUAAAACUGUUAAAUUAUAGAGACCCAACACCAAUUCAAAGAGCUGCAAUCCCAAUUGCUAUCAAUCGGAAGGAUGUGUUGGGAAUUGCUGAGACUGGCUCAGGGAAAACAUUAAGUUAUAUAAUUCCAUUACUAACAUACUUACUUACAUUGCCCAGGGUUAACUAUCAUACAAAGAAUGAUGGACCAUAUGCAUUAGUAUUAGCACCCACAAGAGAAUUAGCUCAGCAAAUUGAAAAGGAGUGCUCUAAGUUUUGUCAUAGACUAAGAAUAAAACUAACCUCUGUUGUUGGUGGGUAUAAAUUGGAAAGCAACUCAUUUAAUUUAUCUAAUGGUGUUGAAGUGUUGAUUGCCACACCUGGUCGAUUAUUAGAUUGUAUUGAUAGGAAGAUCUUAGUUUUGAAUCAAUGUUACUACUUGAUAAUUGACGAAGCAGACAGAAUGAUUGAUUUAGGAUUUGAGAGUCAGGUCUCGAAAAUAUUAGAAAUUCUACCCAAAUAUCAAAAACGAACAUCAAUGAUGUAUACAGCUACAAUGCCCCCGACUAUUAAAAAGUUGGUCAAGAAUUAUCUUAAUAAUUCCAAUACUAUUAUAAUAGGAAACCUAGACAAAGCAGUUGAUAGUGUUGAGCAAAAAGUUGAAUUUUUGAAUACUGAGGAGCAGAAAAAUCGAAGAUUGAUUUCGAUUUUAAACUCCAACAACUACUAUCCUCCGAUUAUUAUAUUUGUCAACUAUAAGAAGACAUGCGAAAACCUAAGCACUAUAAUCAACGAAAAGUCAAGGUUCAAGUCCACGAUCAUUCAUGGGUCAAAGAAUCAAGACCAAAGAGAGUUGGCCAUAACGAAUCUUAAACAAGGAAAAUUCGAUAUAUUGAUUGCAACAGAUGUGGCAGGUCGAGGUAUCGACAUUCCGGAUGUUUCAUUGGUCAUCAACUACCAGAUGUCGAGAACCAUCGAAGACUACAUUCACAGAAUUGGCAGAACAGGCCGAGCUGGCAAGCUAGGAACAGCAAUAACAUUUUUACAUAACAAGGACGACAACGAUGUGUUGUACGACCUCAAAAACAUGGUUCUCAAGAGCUCGUUGAGUAAGUGCCCUGACGAACUUAGACGUCACCCCGCAGCC